AUGGAUGAAAUGUGCCAAUACAUUAGCAAUUUGAAGUUGGCUGAUGUUCCAGUAACUCAGUUCCCUAGAAAAACAGGUUUUCUAGGAUUUCUGAUAAGCGUCACUAGUUUGAGGCAAUAUUAUUCAAAAUUUGUUGAAAAAUCACAAUUAGAAGGCAAAGAGGUAGACUCGGAACAAUUAAAGUAUAUUUUAACUAACAAAUUUUCUCAAGAUCAUCUAGAGCAGUUUUUCGGAGCUAUAAGAGCUAAGGGUGGAUUUAAUAAUAACCCUUCAGCCACAUUUUGA